CUCAAAUAGGAAAAGAAAAAACUAAAAAUAGCAGUAAAAUGAAAAAAAAGGAAAGAGUUAUAUACAACUCCAAUAAGAUAACAUUGAGUAAACGUUGAAACACGAAAACCUAAAAAAUAAUGAUAGUAAUCAAAGCCACCGAUUCUUUCUUCCAAUGAUGGUGUUGAACCUUCCACAGGAGUUGUUAGAGGAGAUACUAUGUCGUGUUCCGGCCACAUCUCUCAAACAAUUACGACUUACGUGCAAAGAAUGGAACCGUUUAUUCAACGAUAGGACAUUCUCAAGAAAACACUUUGAUAAAGCCCCAAAACAGUUUCUUAUCACAGUACUAGAGGAAAGAUGUAGGCUUUCUUCACUGAGCAUCAAUCUCCAUAGUGGAUUUCCUUCUGAAGAGUUUACAGGUGAACUUAGCCCAAUCGAUUAUCAUUCUAAUUCAAGUCAAGUCAUUAUAAUGAAAAUAUUUCACUGUGAUGGCUUAUUUGUAUGCACCAUCCUAAAAGACACUAGAAUCGUGGUUUGGAAUCCGUGUACUGGUCAAAAGAAGUGGAUCCAAACCGGCGAAAAUCUCGACGAAAACGGUCAAGACUUUGUUCUUGGAUAUUACCAAGACAAUAAAUCAAGCGAUAAGAGCUACAAGAUAUUGAGCUACAAGGGUUAUAAUUAUGGCGACCAAGAAUUCAAAAUCUAUGACAUAAAAUCUAAUACAUGGAGGAAUCUUGAUGUCACUCCGAUUCCAGGCAACUACUUCACUUGUUCUGAUUACCGCGUGUCUUUGAAGGGAAAUACUUACUGGUUUGCUUAUGAUUUGAAAGACGAGCAGUUAGGGUUAAUCAGUUUUGAUUAUACCACAGAGAGAUUUGAACGUCUAUGGCUUCCCUUUCAGUGUGAUAUUUCUGAUCAUGAUUAUUCUCUAUCAGUUGUUGGAGAAGAAAAACUUUCGGUGGUAUUACAGCUUAAGGAUGCACCAAGAAGAGAGAUAUGGAUAACAAAUAAGAUGGAUGAUGAGACCAAAGAGAUGUCGUGGAGAAAGCUUUUCGAAGUGGAAGUCGGUACUAGAUAUUAUAUGUGGAGCGGUAGACCUUUCUUGGUCGACGAGGAAAAGAAGAUUGUCGUGUGUUGUGAGAAAUGCCAAAAAAAAUGCCAACCGGUUAUAACAGUAUCCAUGGUUGAGGCGGAUAGUAAUGCCACACGAGUGUAUUUUCCAGUAGUGACAAUGACUUCAUAUUGGCCACAUUUUGUUGAUUAUGUUCCAAGUUUGAUUCAAAUCCAACAAUCGGAGGCAAACGAAAAAGAGCUGAAUAGUUAGUUUAUGGAACGAAAAAAAAGACAUGCUAGUGUUUUGUUG